AUGCAUCUCAUGAGGAAUUAUCUAGGUGUCGGACAUGAAGUGUAUACUGAUAGAUACUAUACAUCACCCCAACUGUUUGCUGAGUUGUACAGACAAAAAACUGUCGCGGUCGGUACAUGCCGAAUUGAUAGGCGUGGCCUACCAAGAAGUACGAUUCAAAAAAAACUCGAAAAAGGGGGGAUAGUUUCUUCCAGAAAAGGCUCACUGCUUGUUUUGAAGUGGAAAGACAAGCGUGAUGUACUUAUGCUUUCCACAAAACAUAUAAGCGACACUAAAACAGUUCAAGUUCGUGGGCCUGGGGGAUACAAAGAUAAAGUGAAGCCUGUCGUUGUUCAGGAUUAUAAUGACAACAUGGCUGGUGUUGAUAAGUCUGACCAGAUGUUGUCUUACUACAGUUUUGAGAGAAAAACCAAAAAAUGGUGGAAGAAACUUUUUUUCCAUCUUUUUAAUCUCACUGUUGUGAACUCUCACAAACUUUAUACUAUGGCGGCUCAAACAAACGACGAUUUGAAGAGACUGAAUCUUCUAGAAUAUGUUGAGGAAAUAGUCAAUAAGCUCACUUGUGAAGCUCAUUCUGUAACAACAAGCCAAAGCCAUCAAGUUGCGUCACACAUCAGGCUAUCCGGGCGCCACUUUCCAAAAUUGAAUGCUGCUAGUGCUGGAAGACAUCAUGUUCAAAGAAGUUGCCAUGUUUGUAGUAAGAAAGAUAGAUCGAAGAGAAAAGAAGAGGGAGCUGGUCCCAGCACUAAAAACAGGAAUUGGACUCAAUAUCAUUGCCCCAUCUGCAUCGUGUUCUUACAUGUCGAUCCGUGCUUCGAAUUGUACCACACAAUGGUGGAAUACGACAAAUAG